AUGUUUUCAACAGAGGAAGUGCUUGAUGAAUUGCAAUGUUGUCGAGAUAUUUUAAAGAAACUAAUUGAUCCAAGGAACUAUAAUUAUAGCUAUGCAUUUCUAGAAAGUGUUGGUGGUGGUGAUGGUGAUGGUGAUGGUGGUGGUGGUGGUGAUAAUAUAGAAGGCGUUCCAAAUUUAGAUCUGAAAACCAUACAUGAUAAAUUGAAGAAUGGGAAAUAUCAGAGUAAGUAUGAAUUGGCUGCUGAUGCAGAAUUUUGGUUUGAAAGUCAUUGCUUGAGAGAUAAGAACAUUGAGAAACUUCGAGCAAUCUUCUGGAAGGAGUAUAAAAAGUGUUUUAGUGAUGAUGAGGAUUCAAGAGAAUCGGCUUCUUCCGACUUGAAGUUCUAUUUAUAUGAGAGAGUACUCGCCCUACCGUCUGAUCGAUUGGAAACGGUGACAAAAAUUUUGAAAGGAAAUGAGAACUUGGCGUGUUUCAAUGAAUUUGACGUUGAGAUGGAUAAAUUGCAAAUUUCAACGUUAUACAGACUGAAGGCGUAUAUUGAUUCUAUUCCAGAUGAAGAAUUUCACAACGAAAGAUAUUUUUUGCAAUGCAGAGAUUAUUCAAAGAAUGAAUCUCUAAUUAUGCCCAUUAAAGAGAGACGAGAACUUGAAAGGAAAAUUGUCAGUCUUAACGACGAGAAUAAGCGAAGCGUGUAUCGGUUAAUGAGAAGAUACGAGCCAAUUCCCGCGAAUAGUAUGAAGGAAAAGUUGCGUUACAAUCUGAAAAAUGUACGUUUCCCAAAUUUAUGGAAAAUUAAAGGUUUUGUGGAUUUGGUGUAUGACCAAGAAGAAGAGAAGAGUGUGUUGUCGACGGAGGAAGUGGAGAGUCUUUUCGACAAAAUAUUGCACAUGAAUGCUGUGAGGCGGAGGAGGGUUUGCGAUUACAUAAGUGAACUCGAACCGACAAUAGAGCGCGAUGUGAAUUCACUACUUUCUGACUUUCAUGCGUUUAGCAAUCACACAUUGAGAGCAAUUGAGCACUUUGUCAAUAGCAUGGGCUAA